AUGAUGAUUACAAAGGAGUGUAGCGCCAUACUUCAGAAUCGCAUGCCAGAGAAGCUGAACGACCCAGGAAGUUUUGUUUUGUCUUGCAAGAUCGGUUCUACACACUUUCAUAGAGCACUUUGUGAUUUGGGUUCUAGUGUGAACCUAAUGCCUUACUCAGUGGCCAAGCUAUUGGGCAUCACUGACUUCAAACCUACAAAGAUAUCCCUAGUCUUUGCAGACAGAUCUGUUCGCCGCCCUGUUGGUGUUAUUAUGGAUGUUCCAAUCAUGGUUGGAGAUUGCUACAUCCCUGCUGAUUUUGUAGUUCUUGAGCUGGAACACCAACCUAAAGACCCUCUUAUCUUGGGAAGGCCAUUCCUAGCUACUGCAGGAGCUAUAAUAGAUGUCAAGAAUGGAAAGAUUGACUUGCAUCUUGGAGAUAUAGUGAUGAAUUUCGAGGUAAACAAGUCUAUGGAGAAACCAACUGUAGAUGGUCAAGCUUUUUGGAUUGGAGAGCUCGCAGAGACAAGAGAAGAAGUGCUGGAUGAACUCCUUCUUAUUGAUCCCUUGGAGCUAGCUUUGACAAAGGCUGAGAAUGAGUAUGGAUACAUGGAAAGAGAAGCUCAGUGCUUAGUCAAGUUCAUGGAUUCCAAGGAAGCUUAUAAAGAGCUGAUAGCUUAUAUGGACUUAGAGAGAGAAGAGGAAGAGCCAGACAUUGACAAGGUCAGGAAACAUCACAAACCAAAGUUAAGUUCGACCCAUGGUGCCCACUUAGAGCUCCAAAAGCCGAGCUAA